UUCUUCCGUUCGCGGGACUUCGUCGACGUCCGCGUUGAUGUGAGUAACACAGAAGGGGGAGAGUUAUUGAUGCGAUUCGCGAGUGCGACCGGUCCCUCAAUCAUUACGUUUACAAUUAUUGCGCGGUAGACUGAGUUUGAUCAGUUCAAAGGUUACAUCUUCAACAAAUCGAAGCAAACUGAAGGUAUCGGAAUCAUACAGUACAAAUCCUAGUUGCUUCUGUCUGCGGACUAGCAGCAGGUAAAGAAUUUAUAAUUACAAUCAAAAUGUCACUGUGGGCAAAAGCACAACAAUUACCACAAGAUGCAUUGCAAGAAGUACGUUCAGUUUAUGGAGAACAUUUUCCGAUUGAGGUCCGACACUUUUUAUCUUCUUGGAUAGAAGAAAAAAUGUGGACUGAUAUAGAACCUGAUAAUCCACAAUAUGAACAAUAUAUAGCUACUCUUGUGAGAUCUCUAAUUCAAGAAUUAGAAACUAAGGCAGCUUCAUUAAACACAGAUGACAUGUUUUUAACAAAAUUAAAAUUAAUGGAAGCUGCAAAAAAUUUUCGUCAGAGAUAUACACAUAAUCCUACAGCGUUAUUUAGAAUAAUUAGACAUUGCCUAGGAACAGAAAUGAAAUUAGUAUCUCAAGUAGAGAAUUUAGGAGGUGCAUUAAUGAGUAUGGCAGGCGGAAAAGUAGGAUUGAUUAGUGAUGCUAUAGCUGAAAUAGCCCAACAUGUUGAAUCUUUGCGACGUAGAACUCAAGAAACUGGAGAAGAUUUGCGAAAAAUGGAGCAAGAACAGGAGGCAUUUGCUAUUAGUUAUCACGAAUGUACUAAGCUAAAUGCACAUCUUCAACAUCUUGCAACGCAACCACAAAAUCAACAAAAUUUAGAUAUGGAGAAAAAGAUUAGAAGGCAAAAAGAGCAACAAGAACAAUUACUGAACCAUAAAGUAGCAGGUUUAAUGCAAUUACGACUGACAUUAGCUGACAAACUGAAGGAUACUAUUACUAGAUUAAAUAGCUUGCAAUCUAGAGUCUUAGACGAUGAACUCAUUAGAUGGAAAAGAGAUCAACAACUAGCAGGAAAUGGCGCGCUAUUUAACAGCAAUUUGGAUUCUAUUCAAGAAUGGUGUGAAAGCUUAGCUGAAUUAAUUUGGCUUAAUCGUCAACAAAUUAAAGAAGCAGAACGUUUAAAGCAAAAAUUUGCGUUAGAACCACCAGGAAUGCAAGAUAUUCUUCCUACUUUAAAUGCCCAAAUUACACAGUUACUUAGUUCGUUAGUUACAAGUACAUUCAUCAUAGAAAAACAACCACCGCAAGUAAUGAAAACUAAUACUCGUUUUACAAGUACAGUACGCUUGCUUGUUGGCGGAAAAUUGAAUGUUCACAUGACUCCUCCCCAAGUUAAGGUGAGCAUUAUCAGUGAAGCCCAAGCAAAUGCUUUAUUAAAGAGCGAUAAAAUGGCAAAGAAUGGAGAAGCUAGCGGUGAAAUUUUAAAUAAUACGGGGACGAUGGAAUAUCAUCAGGCAACAAGACAACUUUCUGUAAGCUUUCGUAAUAUGCAGUUAAAAAAGAUCAAAAGAGCAGAAAAAAAAGGAACGGAAUCUGUGAUGGAUGAAAAAUUUUCCCUUCUCUUUCAAUCGCAAUUUAGCGUUGGGGGAGGUGAAUUGGUAUUCGCAGUUUGGACUCUAAGUUUACCAGUUGUAGUAAUUGUACAUGGAAAUCAAGAACCACACGCAUGGGCUACAGUUACAUGGGAUAAUGCAUUUGCUGAACCUGGAAGAGUACCAUUCGCAGUGCCUGAUAAAGUUCCAUGGGGUCAAGUAGCUGAAGCAUUAAAUGUUAAAUUUAAAUCUGCGACAGGUCGUUCAUUAACGGAAGAUAAUUUACGAUUUCUCGCGGAAAAAGCGUUUCGCGGUGGUAAUGCAAGUGGGCAAGACUACUCUAGUUUGCUUUUGAGUUGGGCACAGUUUUGCAAAGAGCCAUUACCAGAAAGAAAUUUUACGUUUUGGGAAUGGUUUUAUGCUGUGAUGAAAUUAACCAGGGAGCAUUUAAAAAGUCAAUGGAUGGACGGUUAUAUAUUGGGAUUUGUGAGAAAGAGACAAGCAGAAGAAAUGUUGGCGAGUUGUGCGUCAGGAACAUUUCUAAUGCGUUUUUCAGAUUCUGAACUUGGUGGUGUUACUAUUGCUUGGGUUGGAGAUCAGACUGAAGUUUUUAUGUUACAACCUUUCACGAGCAAAGAUUUUGCGAUACGUAGUUUAGCUGACCGUGUGUCCGAUUUACAACACCUGCUUUAUCUCUAUCCAGACAUAUCGAAAGACCAAGCAUUUUCUAAAUAUUACACGCCAUUUACAGAAAAUCAAUCUACAUCGGCAAAUGGAUAUGUGAAACCGUUUUUGGUAACGCACGUACCUGGUUGGGGCGGGCCUGGUGUCGGUGGUCAAACACCGUCGCAUUCCUCCGUAGUAGGAGUAGGAAGUAGCGGUCAAAGUGGUCCCGGUGGUAGUUAUCCAGCAACACCAUCAACUAUAUUUCAAGCGCACAGUCCAGAUCCCUCUGUAACGCGUGAUACUCCAUCAGUGGCUUCCAGGCAUAGGCCUGGAGCAAGCCGGUACAACCACAGCAACGGAAAAUUAAAUGCAUAAACGCUACUCCUGAUAAAAAACACAACUCCAAUCACAGUUACAAUUCUAGUACUGGCAAUCGAGCGUAUUUAAACAUUAUUGCUAAAUUGUUAUGAAGCAAUGGCACUAGAAUUUUAAUAAAAAUUCGUCUAAAUAGAGUCAUACAAUAGGUGUAAUUAUAAUAGAGUAGAAAUCGGGGAUAAAUAAUAGCUCUCAAGUGACCGAUCAAUCUUGGCUAGGUUGGGGAUUUCUUGUGGUUGUUUGUAUUUCCUUUGCCGUGUUGUACCGCUAUCAGGCUAAUCGGUCACACGUUUCGACGAAAUAGACGAUUCUUAAUGAUUCGUAUGUAUGAUAUAAGCGAUAAAUUGAAUUUUUAAAGUAGUCAAUCAAGAGAGAAGGAAAAAGAAAAAAAAAAGAACAAAAUUGGAUCGAAUCGGUUUCGUAUCACACGCAAUAUGUUUUGAUUCAGUAAGAGUCUCUUGUUCAUUACUAUGCCAGUGAUUGGAGUUGUGCUUUUAAUUUGUGGUAGCUACGCUCCGGGCCUUGGCCAGUCAAGCGUUGGGCGAACAAAUCCGGACAUGGACUAUGUGGAGUUGAUGGGUCACAGCGAACUCCCCUCGAUCGACGAAAAUCUCAACUUGGAUCACUUUACCUUCUCUGAGUUCAUACAAUCCUACAACACUAAGCCACAAUAGGUAUGUCAGGCGUGAUAUAUUUCUUGUAUCUAUCUAUCGAUCAAUUAUCUUUAUUUCUUAUCCCAAUUAUAUUUUUAAUCGUACACACAACGAAUGUAAUGCGUUAUUAUCGUUGUUUUAUAGGGGAGGGAUGUAAAAAUGUUUUCGUCGUUUGCAAUAUAUAUUAUCUUAAAUAUAUAUACACACACACACACACACCUAUUAAGUAGGUUUGUCUCCGAGGAAACGUGGCAUAUCUUUGAUUUUCAUCGUGUAAGAGUGCAAUAUGUUUCAGAGCUAUUAUCAUUUAGUUCUAUUAUAAAUGAAUGAUUGAGAUCGGUCUUUAUGUAGUAACAUUGUCGAGUUGCAAUUACGUAUGCCUGAGCGUACCAUGUGCAAUGGUACUCUGUAUAUCGCUUUAUAAACCUAAUACUUAAUUUUCGAUUUUGACUAAAUGCUUGCUACGGAACGACGGUACAAUUCAAUGUAUGGAGUGUUCAAUUGAGUGAUAUUGAUCGACCGAAAGCAUUCGAGACACACGAUUGUAGAAACUGGUCUUAUUCUACCAUUUAGAUUUUAUUCGAAAACAAACAGUGUUCGCCACAAAGUAUCGAAUAUUGUGCAUGAAUACUUUACCAUGACCAGGGAAAUAUUAAUGUGUAGUGUGCAAUUAUAAUGCUAUAUAUACAGGGUAACGAUAAUUGCUUUACGAGUAUAAGAUUAAACGAACUUUGUGUUUUUCUCUUAAGUAAAAGAUGACUUACAUUAUGUGAUCAAAGUUUUAGUUAUUAAUUGGAAAAAAUGCACAAGAGAAACUUGUAGCAGGUGACGAUGAGAUCUAGAUGUCAGCUGAAAGUAGAAUUGCUAUGAUAAUACGUAGAAUAUAAUACAGACAAUCAUUUGCACGUCCAUUCAUGUAAAUAAUGAAAUAAAAAAAAAAAAAGAAGAAUUUUAAUUUACUAAUGGGCCAGCGUGCCGGAAUAAGAAACGGGGUUUGUGCAACGCUAAUAUGAAGUAUGUGUAACAUGUAAUCAGCGUGACCUAAAUAUGUGCCUUAUAAUCUUCGAAUUAAUGCUCGUUAUAUUUUUUGAAAACUCUUAUAGACAAGUUGCAUGUAUUUUUAGCAAAAAAUUUUGUCUUCGAGUCGCCGUUUAACUUAACUAACGAAGAAAUAUUAUGUUUCUUAUCAUUUAAAUCUCUUUUAUAUUGAAAUCUAACUUCCAAAAAUUUUUGGAGAAAUUAAAAUUGAAUAUUUCCGUUUGGUGCGUGAUAUUUUUAGUGCGAUGUACGACAUGCGACGAAUUUAUAUUUUUCAAUUGUUGCCGAAGUAACUUAAACUUUUCGGUGAACCUUUUAGAUCUCUAAGCGUAGGAAGUUUCUAUUAUCGGUUAAAAUAGAUAAUUACAUAUUCGUUUUCUAAUAAUCGUUCCCUCCCCUAUAGUUUAUGUACUUUAUUAAAAACUAUGAAUUGUUGCGCGUAUAUACAACAUCGAUAUACGCUAAAUUUUUGAAUAGGAUUGAAGUCGUCGUUAUCCUAAUUAUAUUUACUAUAUAUAAUAUAAAUAUUAUAUAAUAUUAUAUAUAUAUAUAUAUAUGUACGUAUGAAUCCAUGUACGUACGUAUCUAUGUAUGUAUGAGUGCAUGCAUGUACCUGAUGGUGUACAUGCGUGUACAUACGUACACGUGUAUGUAUGGAUGUAUGUAAAGAUAAACUAAAUUUUGAAAGACUAGUGCGUUAAUACUGUUUAUUAUUAAAUCUAUUGUCUAUUAUCUUUUAUCAAAGAUUAGAGUUUAUUUUAUUAUUGAGAACAAUUUUACUGUUUGUAAAAGAUAUACGUUAUUAUUAUCUUUAUUCCUCUAUAUAUAAUAAUAAUUAUUAUUAUAUAAGCGUAAAAUAUAAGAUGUGUUCGCAUACCGAAUCGACAUACCGAAUAAAAUAGCUUUUAAUUCGA